UUCAACCACAACCUGCUAUCGAUCGAGGCACCUACUUAUUAAUUCUGAUUUUUUAUCCAUUUUUGUUCGUGAAACCUUUUUCUUUGUGUCUUGUUCCUUUCUAUCAAAUAAUGGCAGAAACUGCUGUACGGAUUGAUAGGAAAUUGUCCAUUGAAAACGAGCCCAAAACUCUCCGUUUUCAUCAAAUCGAAUGUGCAAGGGAGGCUGCUCUGUAUGUGAUGAGUACGACGAGCAUAGAGGAAGCCAUGAGAAUUUUCACGGAGGGUUUAGAACCGGUGGUGAGUGUUGCAAGAUCGGACAACAGCGAUGCGAUGACGGAAAUGGAAGAAGUAGAUGAACUGAACGAGCUACAGCAGAUACAAGAAGUAAGAGAUAUUGUGUCUGCUCCCUUCUAAAAAUUACGUUCUUUAAUCUCCUUGUAUAUAUAGACCAUACAGAGAGUGUUUAAUUAAUUAGGCUAAUUUUCUAGUUCAAUUACAUUUAUGCCUGUUUCUUUGUAUAUGUAGAGGAUGGAAUUUUGUAUUUCCAUCAUCUACUUUAUUAAUUUUUAAAUUUCCUUACAGUAUUGUUUCUGGAACAAGCUAUAUAGCUAGCUCGAUUUUUUUUUUUUUGACAAAAGGUAAGUAGUUGAAUGAACUACUCUUUUUGUUCUUUUUUAGAGGUGGAGUUGGGAGGGGUUUGGAGCAAAACAUGAAGCAUUUGUGCCAGGUAGCAACAAAAUAAAUAGAAAAUAAUUAUUUGAUUUGGUCGGCGGAGAAAGCGAAAAGCAAAUCGCAAUAUGUAAUGAUUUAGUUAUAAUAUAAUUAUAAUGUUAUA